CUGCAAGCACGGACAAAAACCGCCACCAAAGGCACUCAUCCAUUGCUGCACGUACCAUGUGUAAAGCUCUUUGUAUCUACACCUCCCAACUCGUUCUACUACCUCCAAAAGCUCCGUCAGAUUGUCCGAGGUGCCUAAAGCCACACCUGGCCGUGUCCCAAACUAAGCCGGAAGCUGGGCAAGCAACAGCUAGUCCACACACCAACUACUGCAAACCUGAGUUCAGUUACUGGCGCCAGCCGUGCCUUGACGGCAGUGUUUGUCCAUGUCGAUCGAUCCCUAAUCCAAGUCAUGCUGUUUAUCUCGCUCGUCGCAAACACCCUGUCAGAAACAAUUAGGAGCUAGCUUGUCAUGCACUGAGCUGAACGGUUUCUUUUUGGGAGUAAGCACCGAGACUGAGAUCACCAGCGACCACUGCCGUGCAUACGGUUUGCAUAUAAAUAUUCGAUCGCCCUUCUUGUAGCUUGUGUAGCCUUGCCCUCUCCGUCUUGAGCAUGGAAGUCUCAACCAUGGAGGAAGCCCUCCCGAAGGCGAAGAGGAAGGGAGGCCUCAGGACCAUACCGUUCAUCAUUUCGAACGAGAUCUUCGAGAAGGUGGCGACGUUCGGGCUGAGCUCGAACAUGAUCCUGUACCUCACCGAGCGGUACUGCAUGUCGAGCGCUUUCGCCACCAUCGUGCUCUACUUCUGGAACGCCCUUUCCAACUUCCUGCCCAUCUUCGGCGCCGUGCUCGCCGACGCCUGCCUCGGCCGGUUCCGGGUCAUCGCCCUCGGCUCCUUCGUCAGCCUCUUUGGGAUGUGCCUGCUGUGCCUGACGGCGAUCCUGCCGGUGUUCAAGAAGACCCCGGAGUGCGCGGCUCGGCCGGAGUGCGCGGCGCCGCCGGAGUGCGCGCUGGUGCCGUGGCAGCUGCCGCUGCUGUUCACGUCGUUCGUGGUCAUGUCCUUGGGUUCAGGCGGCAUCCGGCCGUGCGCGCUAGCGUUCGGGGCGGACCAGCUGGACAAGCGGGACAACAGCGCCAAGAGCGUGAGGACGCUGCAGACCUUUUUCAACUGGUACUACACCGUGCUGGGCCUCUCCAUCGUGUUCGCGGCCACUGUCAUCGUGUACAUCCAGCAGGCCAAGGGCUGGGUCGUCGGCUUCGCCGUUCCCGUCGUGUUCAUGGUCACCGCGCUCACGCUCCUCCUCGUCGGCUCGCCCUUCUACAUCAAGGCGGCGGCCGACAGGAGCGUGCUCGUGCGGCUCGUGCAGGUGCUCGUCUCCAGCUACAAGAACUGCCACGAGCCCUUGCCGCCGGAGACGGCCGACUCCUCGAGCUUCUAUAACAAAGCCGACUCGAAGCCCAGGACUCCCACGAACAAGCUGAGGUACUUAAACCGGGCAUGCGUGCUUAGGAACCCGGGCAAGGAGCUCAGCCCCGACGGGGCGGCGUGCGACCCGUGGAGGCUGUGCACGGUGCAGCAGGUGGAGGACACGAAGGCCACCAUUCGCGUGCUACCGAUAUGGUCGACAGGGAUCAUGCCCGGCGUGAUCAUCGGGCAGCAAAUGUUCCCGGUGCUGCAGGCGAAGACGAUGGAGCGACAGAUGGGCAAGCUGGAGAUCCCCGCGGCCUCCUUCGGCGUCGUCAGCAUCCUGACGCUCACCGUCUGGGUGGCCGUGUACGACUGCGCGCUGGUGCGGCCCCUGUCGCGGCUCACGGGCCACUCGCGCGGGCUCAGCCUGCGGCAGCGCAUGGGCGCCGGCCUGGCGCUCUUCGCCGUGGCCAUGGCCGUGGCCGCGCACACCGAGAGCGUCCGCCGCGCCGCCGCGAUUGCCGAGGGGCUCCGCGACUUCGGCCCGCACUCGGGGCGCACGGUGCACAUGUCGGCCAUGCGGCUCUUGCCGCAGCACUGCCUGAUGGGGCUCGCCGAGGGGCUGAACCUCAUCGGGCAGAUCGAGUUCUACUACUCCGAGUUCCCCAAGACCAUGUCCAGCGUCGGGGUGUCUCUGAUGGCGCUCGGCCUCGGGUUCGGCGGCGUGCUGGGCAGCGCCAUCGUCGGGAUCAUCAGCGCGGCGACCGGGAUGAACGGGCGCGACGGCUGGCUGGUGAGCAACCUGAACCACGGGCACUACGACUACUACUACCUGGUCCUGGCGGCACUGUGCGUGGCCAACUUGGUGUACUUCAUCGUGUGCGGCUGGGCCUAUGGCGAGGAGGGGCAGAACCGGGUGGUGGCCGCCGAAGCCGUGGAGGACACCAAGGAAGACCAGCACAAACCGGUGAUUAUUUUAGGCAAAGCCUUUGGCGGGCUGUGAGCACUGGGCAGCAGAGUAUUGUGUUGGUCUGAGGUUGCACUUCCCUUUUUUUCCCUUUUCAAACUAAAAUGAGUUUGUAGUUUUGUACUUCUCUGAUCUCUCUCUAGUGUGAAUGGUGGUAUA